AGAACAGUAGCUCUGUCUGGUCAAACUCUUCGUAAAUAUAAGGAAUUCGAUUGGCUUUUGCAAAUUGCAGAGUAGAAGUUCUUUGAAAACAGAGUUCAUUUCAAGUUGUUUGAUCGAAUUUAGGUUUGGAGGAGAAUUUGACCAGAAUACAAGCUAUUGUUUGAGUUAAUUUAUCCAAAUUUUCAGCCGAGAUAGUAGCAAAACUAAAGAGAACCUGCAUGGGUGAUGGUCUUCCAAACUAUUUUGAAGCUUCAAGACCAAAUGGUUAUUGCAUUGAGAAAAAUAACUACAGUAAUUCACAGCCAAGGACUGAAAACUCCUAGAGGUACUGCAUUUGUUCCGUAUAGGAUCAUCGUCAAAUCAAGGUAUUUUUUAUCAAUCUUUUAAUGGAUUCAUAUCUUUCAUUUUUCAUGAUAAAGGUCCUGUGGUCAUUUUUUGAGUCGGAGAAAAUUAGUUCGUGCUACAGAUAUGUUAAACUUGUUUGGUAGAUCAUGGCUUCCAUGGGGAUUUGGAAACAGUGAUAAGGUUGAACUAACUACUGCGGAGUUAGGAUCUCUUCGAUCAGAGAUUGCUGAUCUAGAAGAAAGAAAAGCCCAUCUGAAAGCUCAGUUGGAACAUCUUGAUGAACUUUUGAGGUCUGCUCGUCUGGCUGGCUAUUUGUUUAUUCGAACUAGAUGGAAAGAAUUACCAGGAGAACCUCCUAUAAUUGACUCGGAUAUUGAUGAUUGGCUUCCACGUUUUGUUGUUCUUCAUGGAGAAUGUAUCUUUUUCUAUUUACUGUCUACAGAUCUGAGUCCUCAAGACUCGAUCCUACUAUCUGAUAUGGUGGAAGUAGGCCCACUGCCAGGUUUCAUCCAAGAAGAUGAGCAGACGCGAUAUUCGUUUUAUAUCUUAACUUGUCAUGGAUUGAGAUACGAGUGCUCAAGUAUUUCCGAAAUAAAGGCCAAUUCUUGGUUGAAGGCAUUAUGCAUCGACUGUAAACUGGGGACAGAAAAUACAGAAGCUGUCAAAGACUCUAGCGAGACUAGCAAGCAAUACCUAGACAAGGCAAGGCAAAAUGACUACCUGCUGACUAGCUGCCUUAACAACACUGCUACUAAUGAAGAAACACAAAGACCCAGGUUACAUGUAGAUACAUACACAGGAGGCAGUGGACCUUCAUACGCAAAUGUUGAUAGUCCUUGGCGUUGUUUGUGCUUUGGAUUAGAUGUGCAUAACACAUACACUCUUCCACGACGUUUGACCGUCCUACAGAACUCGCAGAGUUUCUUCACUGAUGACCUCACCUUCAUGACUAAAGAUCAAAGUUCUGAAUCAAGAAUGAACCCUCGUGGUGGUUUUAAGAGACAUAUUGAUGGUUUUAAUAUGAAGAAUCACUACACACGAUUGAGACACAUUUCUUUAUUUCUCGAGAACCAGAUCUCGGGAGGAGCUGUCUCUCGUGUAUCACAGGCUUCAGAGCUUCAGAUUGAAAAAAUGAGCUCUCAGAUCUACAAAUCUGCUGCCUCUAAGGUUCUGAGGUCACUUAUUUCUGCCUCCAAGAGCGCUCCUGUUUUGGCUGAGGGACGAGCUGUAGCAGUUGCAACAGCAACAUCAUUUAGAGGAAAGGUGCCUUCUUUUGCUUCAUUUUAUGGGAGAGAAAAUUCUCAAAACGAAUCAAGAGGAUGGGUUUCAGGAGCCCUAGCUCUUCCUGCAGCAGUUUAUAUGCUCCAGGAUCAGGAGGCACAUGCUGCCGAGAUGGAACGUACUUUUAUUGCCAUUAAACCUGAUGGAGUGCAGCGGGGACUGAUUUCAGAAAUUUUAUCACGCUUUGAGAGGAAAGGGUUUAAGCUUGUGGCUAUUAAGUUGGUGGUCCCUUCCAAGGAAUUUGCCCAGAAGCAUUACCAUGACCUUAAGGAAAGACCUUUCUUUAAUGGCCUUUGUGACUUUCUCAGCUCUGGCCCUGUCCUUGCCAUGGUUUGGGAAGGAGAGGGAGUCAUUAAAUAUGGUCGUAAACUUAUUGGAGCUACAGAUCCACAAAAAUCCGAGCCAGGGACCAUUAGAGGUGAUCUUGCGGUAGUUGUUGGAAGAAACAUCAUCCACGGGAGUGAUGGCCCUGAAACUGCCAAGGACGAAAUCAAUCUUUGGUUCAAGCCAGAGGAAUUGGUUAGUUUCACAAGCAACGAAGAGAAGUGGGUCUAUGGAAAUAACUGAUCAUUGAUGAAACCUUGUUUAUUGUUCCUUUCCCCACUGCUGUUACUACUAACUUGGUGGUGGAAGCUGGUAUUGCAUCCUCUGGCAGUUGGACCUCAGGAUGAGAUGGGUCGGGGCAUGAAAUUAGUGCAUGACCCAUCAGAAUAAAUUUGAUUGGGUAGAGGUGAGUGACUCUGCGGCUCCUUUUGUAAUAAAUUAGAAAAUGUAAUUUUGGCAAUAAUUUAUCAUAAUUAUGUGGUCAGUUUGAGAA